GUGUUCUAGCUUUUCUUUCUGCUUUCUGCUAAUGGAUGUUGGGGUCGGGGAAUGUCUUUUACUUCAAGUAGUCUAGAUUUAUAAUUUGUGACUGUGGAUAUCUGUCAGUGUUAAGUUCGUUUGAAGACCUAAAUAAUAAGACUCUUUUGGUGUUGAAGUUAAUUAAUUAAUAGAUCAUAAUCAUGGCCACCGUUAUAUUGGGUUUAAAUCUUCCUAAAGCUGUAGCCCAUUUAGCCCCUGUUAGUCGUAAGAUUUUGACCUCUCAAGGAAAUUCGAAUGUAGGUUUACUUUUUAUGAGAUCAAUAGUUGGAAAGAGCAAUCGUGACCCAGACUAUCAGAGAAUCCCUCCUUUUCCUUACAAGACCAAGAAAUACACCAUGCUACGAAGUUGGUUUGACCGCACCACUUACAGGUUUGAUGAGAAUUCCAAGAUAAUUGUUGUUGAUGGUGCUGUUGCUGCAGGAAAAACUGCUUUUGCCAAACAACUCGCUGAGGAAUUAGAUAUGCUGUACAUGCCUGAGGGAAAUAUGGAUAUGUGGUACAUAAACAAUUACGGGUAUGAUAUGAGGCAGUUGGAUCCAAAAUUGCCUAAAUCGUGCAGAUCCUAUGAUACCAAAAACUUUUGCGAAGAUCCCCACCAUUUUAAUGCUGCCACUAUGCAAUUGAUACUGUUUGAGCUAAAAUACUCUCAGUACAUUGAUGCUUUAGCCCAUGUCAUGAACACAGGUCAGGGAGUGGUCAUGGACAAAUCUUGCUACAGCGAUUAUGUAUACGCUGAAGCAAUGGAGAAAGAAGGUUUCAUUAGUAAAACUGCCAAGAGCAUCUACUAUGAUCUUAAGAGACACUCAAUGUUCGAGUUAAUGAGGCCUCACCUAGCAAUCUACCUGGAUGUUCCCGUGCCCAAGAUCCUAGAGAAGGUGAAGCAAAGGGGUCGGCCGCACGAGCAGAACUCCAAAGCUCUCUCCCCAUCCUUUCUAAAUGCACUAGAGGAAAACUACAAGCGGGCAUACCUCAAGGAAAUCAGUAAUCACGCAGAGUUGCUGGUUUACGACUGGUCCGAUGGCGGAGACGUGGAGGUUGUGGUGGAGGAUAUCGAGCGGAUCGACUUUGACAAAUACACCAAGUACGACAAGAAACUCGAGGAUUGGCGGUUGUGGAACGAACAGGAGUGGUCAGAUAAGCGGAUGAUAUACACAGACGAAAAAUUUGAAUUGAUGAACAAUUUCAAUGUGCCGAGAUUUGAUUGUCCAGAGCUUGUCAUGGACGGAGAUGAUUACAAGAAGUGGCUGGAGGUUUGGUUUUCUGCCCCUGGAAUGAAAUAUGAGAAAGGCUACAACCCAGUGAAAGGAGAUUCGAAUAUUCUUUUUAAGAUCAGGGACCAAGCAAAAUUCUCUUUCCACUAAAGAGAAACUCCCCUGUGUCAUCAAUACAAGAAAUAAAAUGUUAGAUUUGUUGGAGUUUAUACACUGUAUCUAAAAUGUAAAAUAGAAUAAAACACUGUAAAAUUAA